UUUCUGCACAAGCUAGGAAAGCCACUUUGCACAAGGAGCUGGUGCUGCGAUGAAAGCCGGGGGCUCAGAUACAGCCUGGAAUGAAACUGCAAAUAUUUCCUGGCGCCCCGUAUCUGAGAGCUCGCAGUGCUGGUCUCACGCAGUUCUUGCCGGGGCGAGGAGUAGCCAGCCCGGAGUCCAGGUGUCAGCACGGGGCUGCUCGCGGGGCACGGGGCUGGGCCAGCAGGUGCUGGCUGCACACAGCGGCACGAGCCGCCAGCCUGGCCUUGAACGUCAGCGUGCAAGGGGGGUGGGGGGAGCCCAGUGCGGUUCCCAGGCUCAGUUGCUCAGGCGGCGGGAGCUGCGGCAGCAUCCUUGGAAGCCGGGCCCUCAAACCCCUCCUCCCUGCCUCUCUCUCUGCUUCCUGCCGUGCAAAGAUGGCAACCGAGGGGCUGCACGAGAACGAGACCCUGGCGUCCCUGAAGAGCGAGGCGGAGAGCCUGAAGGGCCGGCUGGAGGAGGAGCGGGCUAAGCUGCAUGAUGUGGAGCUUCAUCAGGUGGCGGAACGUGUGGAAGCCCUAGGUCAGUUUGUGAUGAAGACCAGGAGAACUCUGAAAGGCCAUGGUAAUAAAGUCCUCUGCAUGGACUGGUGCAAAGAUAAAAGACGAAUUGUGAGCUCUUCCCAGGAUGGGAAGGUGAUAGUGUGGGAUUCCUUCACUACCAACAAGGAACAUGCAGUGACUAUGCCAUGUACCUGGGUGAUGGCAUGUGCAUAUGCCCCAUCUGGAUGUGCCAUUGCUUGUGGUGGCCUGGAUAAUAAGUGUUCUGUGUAUCCACUGACAUUUGAUAAAAAUGAAAAUAUGGCUGCAAAAAAGAAAUCUGUUGCAAUGCACACAAACUACCUGUCUGCCUGCAGCUUCACUAAUUCAGAUAUGCAGAUCCUGACCGCUAGUGGAGAUGGAACGUGUGCCCUCUGGGAUGUUGAGAGUGGGCAGCUUCUGCAGAGUUUUCAUGGGCAUGGGGCUGAUGUCCUGUGCCUGGAUCUGGCCCCUUCUGAAACAGGAAAUACAUUUGUGUCCGGGGGAUGUGACAAGAAAGCAAUGGUUUGGGACAUGAGAUCUGGACAGUGUAUCCAGUCAUUUGAGACUCACGAAUCAGAUAUCAAUAGCGUUAGAUACUAUCCAAGUGGGGAUGCUUUUGCCUCUGGCUCUGAUGAUGCCACAUGUCGUUUAUAUGACCUUCGUGCAGAUAGAGAAGUAGCAAUUUAUUCCAAAGAGAGCAUCAUUUUUGGAGCUUCUAGCGUGGAUUUCUCUCUCAGUGGUCGCCUACUAUUUGGUGGUUACAAUGAUUACACCAUAAACGUAUGGGAUGUUCUGAAAGGGUCUCGUGUAUCCAUUCUGUUUGGUCAUGAAAACCGAGUUAGCACCUUACGAGUUUCACCUGAUGGAACUGCAUUCUGCUCAGGAUCAUGGGAUCACACUCUACGAAUCUGGGCGUAAGCUGCAAUGCUGUUUUCAAAUACAAAUGAAGAUUGAAACCUUGGGCUACAAAAAAAAAAGAAGGAAAUUUCAAUCUGCAAAUGUGAAAUGUCCUUUAGAAAGAUGUAGCAUUUCUAUUGUAGUUUCUAUGACUUAUUGAUGAGUGGCAAAUCAAAAUAAAACAAACACAAAAAACAAGCUAGGACAACUUGUUAGCCAGGAAUAAAUUCAGUAUAUUAGCUACACUAUCAAAUGUUACUGAAAACACAGAUAAACACAAUUAGAUAGUAAAAGUAAUCUGCUUUUAACACAUAGCAAACAUCAACUUAUAAUAAAAUAAAAUGUUUUUAUUCUGUUUUUGAGACUACCUUCUUUUAUUAGAGAUAGUUUAGCUCAUUCUAAAACCAGACUUGUCUCUGAAAUCAUCUGUAUAAUAGAAAUUUGUAGUCCAGUGCACAUUAUGUAUUCAUUAUUUGCAAGAAUUGACUUUUGUAAAGUAAAUUUGAAAAAACAACAACAGACACCUGAUUUUAUCUGGGUAUCGUCUAUGACUUUUGAAACAUUCCGUAGAAGUGCAUUGAAUUUUGAUGCGAAAAGUUAGAAAGCAGAUUUGCUUUCUGAUACUUCACUUUAUGAUGGAGUUACAGAUGAUUCCACAAUCAUAAUAAUUAGGGAUCAAAGAAUCUAAUGUUGAAGAUACUAGCUGUCAUAAAAAGUAUUUUCUUGUUAAAAAAAAUCAUUUCAAUCUCUGUUUUUCUUAUAUCCUUUUAGAUGAAAUUAACUAUUUCACCUCUGUGACCUGAAUUUAAAGAAUUCAAUUAAACUCCUAAAGAUAAGCUACAAAGACGAGUAGUAUAAUUCAUGGUUUACAUAGUCACAAGGUAAUAUUUUAACCAGUAGUUUCACUGAAAUUUUUAAUUGUAUCACUUGGUGAGUGAAUUUUCUUUGAAUUAAAGAGAUACUACUUCUAAGCACUAAUAAUGAUAAUAAUGAUAAAAUCUUUUCAAGUCAGCCAUACUCAUUCUCUGAUCCUGGCUCUCAUUUACUCUAAGGCCACUUUAUACCAUUCUAGCUGUAGAAAGCAGCCUUAAGAUGCUAUAAAUGUAUCUAUUUCAGUGUUAAGGCCCCUUUACAAUGUCAAGCAGCAUAAAAUGUCCUUAGUAUAACUGAGAAUCAGACUCUCUGAGCUGAAUUCCACAGUCCUUCCAUCAGGAGUGGCGCCAGGGUUUUUGGUGUCCUAGGUGCAGGGCCGGCUCGCCGGUCCCGCGGCUCUGGUGGA